GCUGAAGCGGCUGUGGCUGAACAUUGACAGUUGUUUAGUUACGGAAUGCAAAACUGCAUUUUUAUAGGAAAUUAAUUUGUUUAAAACUAAAAACGAUCUGAUUAACUCUAUUAAACAUUGUUGUUGUUUCCUUUAACGAAUAACUUUGUCGAAUUGAAGUCGAGUGCAAAUAAUAAUAGUAAAUUUGUGACACAGUACCGAAAAGAUGUCCGCAGAAUGGAGAUGUAUCCGGCGCAAUCAGGACGAAUGUCGGCGCUAUUUGGACCAAUUCAAGGUGUUCGAUCACCCUUUGAAGCAAUCCACUAUCACGGUUUUGGAGAGCAAGGGAACUCGCAUGAAGCCGGUCAACAGCAUCAUCAGUGAGAGUAACAGCGGGUCGUCAUCAACCAUUUCGCUGGAUCCGCUCAGUUUGGCACUGGACGGAUCGGAUCCGUUGAGCCAAUUUGCACGACAGGAUUCGGCGCAGGAUCCACUAUCACAGAUGGCGGCCGAGUUCGAAGGAGCUUUGAAUGUGUCGUCCUCCGGUGCUAAGUCCAAAAAGAAAGAAGUUUCCAAUCUUUUAGAAAUGGAUUUGAUUGAACCUUGGGCUGGAAGGAGAAGUGCCAUUCUGAACAAGUAUACGACCAACGAGAAGUUGUCCAUAGUGACUAGCUUUCUUAAUGGUGGCGAAACCAUUAAAUCGCAAACGACAAUGUCGGAAAAGGUAAAGCAUCGGUUGGAGCAGUUGGAUGAAUUUGAGGACGGAACCGUUCGACAAAUGCUUGAUUUGUCACAGCAAGAAUACGUAAUUAAAAUAGAACAGUUAAACCAUGAGUUAGUGCAGGCAUGGAAUACAGAUCAACGGGUGAAAGCCCUGAAAAUUGCAAUUCAGUGUUCAAAACUUUUGGCGGAUACUUCAGUCAUUCAAUUUUACCCAUCGAAAUUUGUUUUAAUCACGGAUAUUUUGGACAUCUUUGGAAAACUUGUGUACGAACGGCUGCUUGUAAAAUCACGAGAAUCGAUCAAAUCAGGUGGUCGAGGUCUAACGGCUCUAUCGGAGAAUUUCUCUCCAGAUAUGGUGCCGGAGUCGGCUAAGGAAACAUGCCAGAAUUGGUUCUAUAAAAUAGCAUCUAUUCGGGAACUACUGCCAAGAUUGUAUGUCGAAAUGGCUAUAUUGAAAAGCUAUCGAUUUCUGACAUCCAAUGAAUUCAGUUCAAUACUGAUGCGGUUGACUCAAAUGAUCCGAGGCGUUGGAGAUCCUCUGGUGAAUAUUUACGCCCGGUGUUAUCUAUGCAGAGUGGGGAUGGCUAUAACCACAGAUCGCGACUAUAUUAAAGAGAACUUGAACGAUGUGCUCACAAUUUACCACACCAUCCUAAACGGGGGAAUCCGAGCUGAUAUCUCAAAGCAUCGCAUCAGCCUCUGUGGGUAUGUUUCCCUGUUUUUGCCGGCUCUGGACUGGCUCAUGCAGGGUGUCACGAUUUUGAGUACCGAUGCCGAGUUGGAUGAUGUCUUGAAAAGAUGUCGCGACAAGAAACACCCGGCCCUGCUUAUGCAAUCUAUAAUGCAGUCCUUCCGACCCGAUUUUAUUGCCCUUCGUGCCGUGCCGUUUGUGGAGAUCCUAUCUACCAUUUCAGUGGAAGGUUUAUCACGAGGACAUUUGUUGCGUAAUUUGGGUAGCAUUUUGAGUCAAACUGCUCCGCCAGCCGAACAGAGGGCACUGGUACUGAAUGCAGCCUGGCGGACAAUCAGCGCUAUGGGUAACACAGAAGAAUACAUUCAGUGCGCGGAGAUGUGGGCCCAGUAUACGAGUCAUCAUUUUGGGCUUCGCGAGCUCAAUGCGUUGAUGGGCGAUAUAUUGUAUCACAUGACUCCCAAUCGAGCAUACGAGCAGCACUACCAUGAACUGCAGGUUAUUGCCGACAAGAUAGUUUCCAACGCUCAAGAUAUUCAUGGAGUUUUGGCGCUGGAUAAUUUUUUGCCGAUGUUAGAUCUGUUCCAGAAGGAAUCUAUCAAGUUGGACGUCUGUAAGAGUAUUCUUAAUAGUUAUAGAACUGCAUGUACUGAGGCAUACAUUUCGGAUCCAGUUGUCACAAAUGCUCUUAUGUAUAUAAGCAAGGUUCUGAACGAUUCCGUGAAUGCUUUAACAAGUGAAGAUGAGCGUCGGCAGAUAAGCAACUUGAUCAGCCACUUUAUACGAAAAGUCGAUUUUGGGCGAGACUUCGAGCAACAGCUUUCUUUCUAUGUCGAGGCUCGCUCUGCAUUCUCAAAUUUAGACCACGUGUACUCGACAUUGAUUCACUGCGUCAAUCGACUGGCAACCAGCACUCGGCGCAUCGUAAAAGGCCAGCACACGAACAAAACGGCCGCCUUCGUUAAGGCUUGUGCUGCCUAUUGUUUUAUCACUAUUCCUUCUAUCAUAGACGUCAACACCCGAAUGGAACUAUACCUCCAAUCUGGUCAGGUAGCUCUGCUGAAUGUCUGCUUACAGCAGGCAGACUCUUGCUUUGAAGCGGCUCUCAAUCUCAUCCCAGAAAUUCCUCGGACUUUUGAGCAAGACGGUAAAACCCAAUCGAGUGAACCCUUCCUCAAAUCCUUCCUGAUGAAUUUCCUUUCCACGCUCGUUAUUGUGCCUGACAAUCCUACCCAAGGAGUGCUAUAUCUUUUGCGACUCUUACUAGAAGUCAUUAAGAAAUAUCCUUUUGAUUCCAACUACGAAACCCUCUCCUCAAUAUACCUUCAUGUUCUGGAUUUCCUGUCAGUCGCCGCCCAAGAAGUCUAUCCCUAUCACAUAGUGAACGUGAUUUCCAACGACGAGCUGUACGGAUCGGAUCCCAAGUUUCUGGCUGAGAUCCACACCAUCAGCUGCGAGGUGUGUGAUGAACUGCUACAAAUACUGAAACAGCUUCUCGAAUCUAAUGCCAUUCGACAGCAGAGCCAGCUGGCACUGGAUCUGUUUCUGAAGAUUAUCACUGGUGCGGACUUGACUGUGGAUCGCAUGUUCACGCUGACGUACAAUCUAUGGAAUCUGGCGGUUAAAAAUAGGAAUGCGUUGGAUGCGAAGCAGCUGCAAAAAAUACUCUCAUAUACUGAGCACCUAGCAGAAGUUUCGCAAAUAGAUUCCCAGAAACAAUGCCUACAACUAUUAUUAGAAAAGAUGAAAUCACGAAUGUAAAUAGAUCUUUUUUUACAAUAUUAUGUGAACUGCAAACAUAAGCUUUAUUCUUUUCAAGAACUUAGAGUAUGAUUACUUCAAAUUAUACACAGAUCCGUACGGUAAUUUUAAUCGAUUUAUAUAAUAUAUUAUGUAUACAUAUAUGUCUUAAUGCAUUCCUCCUAUACGAUAGGCACCAAUAAAUCAUGCAACAUAA